GAAAAAAUUUGAAAAACUAAAUUGAAAAUGGAUAAAAAAUGAAUAUAAAAAGUAAUAUUCAAUUAAUUAGCUAAAACUACUAUUGUUAUAGUAUCAGACAAUGUUGUUGUGUUUGAACUUGAAACAAAAAAAUAGCAAUAACUGUUUAUUUGCCGCAUAUGAUGUCAGCUGGUUGCCGCAGUGUUGGCUAGUUGCCCUUGUAUCGUUCUUAAUGGCGUUGUGCAGCACUAGCAAACAUUCGAAAACAGACGCUAAACAAAUCGUAACAAAAUGGAAAGUCAAGUUAACUUUACAGCAAGUGCAUGACUUGCGCAAGGUGCAGGAGGACUUAAUUUACAGUAGAUGCGUGCACAUGGAGUUCUAUCGCAAAGUGGCCAAACACAAAUACACGGCUGAGCUCAAUAAUUUGAUUCGUGGCGAAUUCAAUAGAGUUGAUGUCGAGCUGAAGAUACCGAAAUUGCCGCCAGAUUAUCCCCCAAGAGAGGAAUACACAUCAAUGUUACAGGUGGAGAAAAUGAUCGAUAUUGUGGAUGUGAUGAACAGCUCCGUGCUCUAGGCUCUGGAGUCUUUCUUCGCUUUAUUUAAGUUAUUAUUAAGCCAAUAGCCAUGUAGAAUACGAUGAAUCUGCUUCAGACA